AUCAGACACCAACUUCAGCGUUGCUGAUUAGGGCUUCCAUGUGUCUCGCUAACGAUUUCAAAGUUCAGUUGGUGAACAGGAAAAGAAGUGCAACAACAACACGAUAUAUUUGUUGGACACCAUGGCUUUUUACAGCCGCGUUUCAGGCUCCGUUGGCAUGAUAACUCUGCAGAAUCCUCCCGUCAAUGCACUGAGUGCAGCGGUGAGGCAAGGCAUUGUUGACACGAUGCACAGAGCGCUCAGUGAGCCAGAGGUGAAGUCUGUGGUAAUCUGUGGCCAGAAUGGAAAAUUUUGUGGAGGAGCAGACAUCAGAGAGUUUGGGGCCACGAUGGCUGGGCCUCCUCUGGUGCCAAUGGUCCAUCUGAUCGAGGCAGCAUCCAAACCGGUGGUGGCAGCCAUAGAGGGGAUCGCUUUAGGCGGAGGCCUCGAGUUGGCGCUCUCUUGUCACUAUCGUAUCGCCCACUCUAAGGCCAGGCUGGGAUUUCCAGAGGUGGCUUUGGGUCUGCUGCCAGGUGCAGGAGGAACUCAGCGUCUGCCGAGGCUCGUUGGAGUCCCAGCUGCCUUGGACCUCAUCACCACAGGCCGCCAUGUGACUGCAGCUGAGGCUCGGCAGCUUGGAAUCGUAGAUGAGGUGACGGAGCUCAACGCUGUGGAUGCAGCUGUCAAGUUUGCUCAAAGUGUGGCAGGUAAAUCUUUGGAUGCGCGCCGCAUCAGCACCUAUCCGUGCCCACGUCCCCCCGAUUUGGAUGCGAUCUUUGAGAGGGCGAUGCAGCAGGUGCGGCGGAGUUCCCGCGGAGCCAUAGCACCGGGUACCUGUGUCCAAGCAGUUCAUGCUGCUGUCACUCUGCCCUACGCUAAGGGAAUGGAGCGCGAGCGGGAGCUGUUCUCCGUCCUCUUCAACUCGGGUCAGGCCCGGGCUCUACAGUACUACUUCUUCGCCCAGAGAGCUGUCAGCAGGUGGAGCACGGCCAAUGGAGCCCGCUGGGACACCAGCAAGCCCAGGCCUGUGCGUAAAGCAGCUGUCAUCGGGCUUGGCACCAUGGGACGAGGUAUAACUGUGUCCCUGGCCCAGGCAGGGUUCACUGUGGUUGCCGUGGAGACCCAGGAGAAACAGCUGUCGGAGGCAAAGCAGGGGGUGUCUGGCAUGUUGGAGAGGGGGGCCAAGAGACGAGGGGGGCCCCUGGCACACGAUAAAAUCAAAUACAGCUGCAGCGUCCAGGCUGUGGCAGAUGCUGACCUAGUCAUUGAAGCUGUGUUUGAGGACAUGGCUCUGAAGAAAACCGUCUUCCAGCAGCUGUCGGCCAUAUGCAAACCAGGCGCACUCCUGUGCACAAACACCUCUGGGCUCGACAUAGACGAGCUGGCUUCUCAAACCCAGAGUCCAGAACUGGUGGUCGGGAUGCACUUCUUCGCGCCAGCUCACGUCAUGCAGCUGCUGGAGGUGGUCUAUGGGCCGCGCUCGUCCCCCGAAGCCGUGGCCACCGCCAUGCAGGUGGGGAAGAAGAUGGGAAAAGUGAGUGUUGCAGUUGGAAACUGUCGGGGAUUUGUAGGAAACCGUAUGCUGAAGCAGUACUUGGAACAAGCUUUCUUCCUGUUGGAAGAGGGGGCCACACCUGAGCAGGUGGACCAGGUGCUGGAAGAGUUCGGGUUUGCCAUGGGUGUGUUCAAAGUGUCCGACCUCUCUGGGCUGGAUGUUGGCUGGAAGGUCAGGAAGGCGGAUGGUUUAGUUUCGCCCGCCUCCACAGGAACAUCCGCUAGAAUACGAGGCGGCAGCAGGUACAGUCCCCUGGGAGACCUGCUGUGUGAACGGGGAAGGUUUGGUCAGAAAACAGGCAAAGGGUGGUAUCAGUACGACAAACCCGGCGGUCGUGUGGCUAAAGUCGACCCUUGGUUGCACGGGUUUCUGGAGGACUACCGAGCACAGCACGGCCUGGUGGCACGUCGCAUCGACCACCAGGAGGUGCUGGAGCGCUGCCUCUACACACUGAUCAACGAGGGCUUCCAGAUCCUCCAGGACGGAAUCGCCGCAGGGCCGGAAGACAUCGACGUCAUCUAUGUGCUUGGGUAUGGCUGGCCCCGACACCGCGGGGGUCCCAUGUUCUACGCUAGCCAGGUGGGUCUAGACAAGGUUGUGGAGAGGCUGGAGCACUACCAGCAGAUCCACCCUGAUGUUCCAGGUCUGCAGCCCUCCAGAUUGCUCCGGAAGCUGGCAGCCAUCAACAACCCAGCGAUCCACAAAUGGAGAGAGGUCAUCCAGAAACCCCGCAGCCAGCUUUAAACUUCAGCUCACCUCCAGUGUGACAGCAGAGUUUUCUAAUUACAUUGCUAAUUAACCAACUUAAUGUAUAUUUACUUUGCACGCAUUUGUAGCUUUAAUACAAUGCAUUAAAUCACUCUCAUCAUCUAUUUGCUUUGCAUUUAUCAAUGCAAACGUAACAAUCGUUUAGAGGGUUUAAUUUAUUCAAAUAAACGCUGAAGAACCUACAGAAAUGAAGUAUAACAGAUUUGUCACACUUAAACCUCUAAAACAUAAAUCACAUUUAAUAACAGGAAUACUAAAACAAGAUAAAAACUGCUGCAGUGAACAUGUCAUCUGUUAGGGGUAAAAAGGUCUCCAAAUAGCCUGGCCCUAUAUAUUAAAAAGAAAUGGCCUGCUAAAGAGUUCAUGUUGGACUGCCUGUUUAAGACCAUACCAUAGCAUCUCCCUCAGAAUUAAAUCCAGACUUUGACUGGACCAUUGCAAAACCGUCAGAGGUGCUUGGUAACAUUGUCUUGCACCAUGUUACCAAAUGGGCUUGAUUUUAACAGCACAAAUCGGCGGGACAUUUGCUUUAGGGAUUUUUUGUUAGAGAGGAGAUUUCCAGGUUUUAUUAAAUUAGAGUUGUAACCUUUCUGAAAUGCUGUGUUUGUUUUAUUUGAGAUAUAAUGCCAAACAAUUUGCACUUUUACCUUGUCAGUCCACGGAAUAAUUUCUAAAAAGUCUUUGGUAUCAUCAAGAUGUUUUCUGGUAAUUUUGAGUCUGGCCUAUUAGAUAGUCAGGAAAGCAAAUGGUCUUUGCAAAAGUGUGUGUGUCACUACACUUAUACUGUGGAAAUAAAUUGCUUUAUUUUGCACUUAGAGUGGGCCCUCUAAGACACUCAAAUAUGCACAAACCAUAGCAAUAAAAAUUUUCACCCUGCAGAUAUUGUUGUCUACAUCAGUUGCGCAUCUAGCUUGAAGUAUCAGAAUCUGAGCUUUGUUUGUGCUAUGCUUUAAUUUAAUAACCUGAAGCACUGUUUGGGGAAAAAAUAGUUAAAAUUACAGAUUCUGAAUGCAGAGCUGAUUGCACUUCUAAAAACAACAACAAAACAUUAAGCGAAUAAGAAAUGUGCAAAGCCAAAUGAAAUAAAAACACAUAGUUGAGUCUGCGAAAUUCCCAGUGGUUUUCCAGCAGGGUGUUUUUAGAUGCAUAUCACUAGUCAUUUAAAUGUAAGGUGACAGUAAUGGGAGUAAAUUGUUGAGGUUGUUAAAGUUAUAGCUACAGCCUCGGCAGAAAUAGGGAAAAAUCGUUUUAGUGGACGGCUGGCGGAGAGAAGAACCUCCUCUGUGGUUUGGUGGAGCUUUAAGUUAUUAUGAAUCUCUAAAUCAGAGGUUGUUAAGGGGAAAAAAAAGUUUUUUUAUCUUUCUCCUCCACAAUCUAUUGAACAUAUUGCUGUUUCUAUAAAUACUGACUGUUGCACAUCUGCAAAUGAGGCUCAAUGAAACACUAUGUUGAAACCGCACUAUUCUUUACACUGGAUGGAUUGAACAGGGUGAUGCAUGAAUGACGUAUUUGACAACAUUAAAUCCUACUGUCUUGUCAAACCUUAUGCAGAACAGCAGCGAUAUCAGCUGACUGGGAUUUCACAUUCUGGUUAGAAGUGUUUCUAUUUGCAUUUACAAAUGACAAGAAUAAACCAAAGGAAAUAUUUAAUCACAAAGGUAACCAAACUAUAGUAGCAGAAAAUACGUUGAUGGUGAAAAAAAAGUCUAAUGCACUAAUAUACUAUAACACUAUAAGACUGAAGGUGUACAAGACUAAUUUAUUGUUCAGUAAGGGAAAUUCCUACAAAAUCUCAAAGUUUGAUAUGAAGUGCCUGUUUUCUCCUUUUUCUCCCCAAUAUUUAGAGGGAUUUAAUUGGAAUAAACCAAAACAAAGUCAUGCAUAAAAAUGUGUUGAAGCAGACAUUUUUCUAAACAUCUGAAAGGUUUGGUGUAGAUACUCAUUCUUCUGGAAGUUGAACCUCCUUCCCAGUUUGAAGUCUGUUGCAGGAUGUUUGACAUCUCAUCAACUAUUACCAGGUGGUUCCUUGACCCUGCUGAGCUAGAGUUCACCCCUUAACAUGAUGCUGCCACUACCAUGUUUACCUGACAGAUGUUGUGCAGAGUUAGCUAAUGCUGGUUUCAUCUGGUAAGAUUAACUUCUUCCUAUUUUUGUUUUACCUCUUCUUACCAAUUUAAUGGUAAAAAUAAACUGAUGUGUAACUUCAAUUGCACUUUAUGUUUGUGCACUUCUUUGUGUUGGUUUAUUCUAUUAAAAUCUCCCAGAAAAACGUGAUAGUUUAUGAUUGUAAUUUGCCAAAAUGUAACUAAAGUCUCCUUUCUUUAAUUAUGACUUGUAAUGUAUUUUUCGACAUGUGAAUUAUGACCAAAUUCUUGAAUAAAAGCGUACUCAGAAUAAUUGUUUCUUUCCAUCCUGCUUGAUGUUUUUAUUUGAUCAAAAGAAGAUAAUUUCUUGUUCCUUUUUUCAUCUCCUGCUUUCUGCUAGGUCAGCUUCAGCAGGAACAGAGGGAGACCCGCAGCUUUAAACUGCUUUAAUAUAAAUCAAUGGCUCAUUCCAGGUAAAUCUCAGUCUGACGUCCAGUCCUGAGCAGAUGUUAGGGUGCCCCCUAGCGGCUGGAGAGCAGCUGGAGUCGUUUGCUUUACAAUGCUGCUAUUUUCAUCAUUAACCAUUUUCUGCAUACUUUAUUUGAUUGGUUGCACGAUUCCACCCACGUAGCCUGGUUUCUUUUAAGGAAUGCUCUGUGGCUUUCAAUUACCACUGAUUAAAAGACAUGCUGAA